ACAAACAUUCGGCCCUGACGCGAGGUGUCGAACUACUCCUAGUGACUGUAGCGCCGUGCAAUACAAAAUAACAAAGUGUAACAUUUAUUAAAAUCGCCCAAAAUGAACUCUUGGAAUGUAGCGCGUCAGUGGAGAAACUGAGGUUAUUGUUCGUGUAUGGGACGACAAAUAAGCGUUUGAACGAACGACAACAGUUUCUGCAACAAGGAGGCUUGUCCCAAUUAAAGCGAGGUGAGGUGUCCGACAUGAUGGUUAAGUUAACUUUUCAGACAGAUCUAUGUAAGGGAGGAGACCCAAAACAGUGUUACCUCUCCAAAAAACAACUCUGCCAAGGAAGAACCAGUUGUGGAUAUAACAUGUGAAUGAGGAAAGGAGUCUCGGAUUGUAUUUUACAGUGCCUGCCAGCUUUCCUUCAGUCCCUCGUAAUGAUGGUUGGCUCCAGUGGCCAGUGGACUGUGGAUGAAUAGACCUAAAUGGGAGCUCACACGGACAGAGCCAGCCUGCCACUAUGGCAGCUUAUGCUCUGAACAGCCUGAUAAUGAUGAACCCCAACAAUCUGACCAAUAAAAGCAGCCCUCGGACAGGAAGGCCUGUGCUUCCAGUACCUGGUCGUUCUACAUUUAGCCCAGUGCUGGGGGGCAGUGGAAGUCCCUUUAGCCCAGGCAGUCUGAGCCCCGGGUCCCCAGAAAAAUCCUUUGUCUACCCGACAGUUACCAGUCCCAGCAGCCCAAGAGCUCGUUCCCCAUGCCGGCAGCCAGAACUGCUGGGGGUGAACGUGGGUAAUCGUGUGCGCAGAUUAAGCGUGUCCGACCUUGAUGAAGACCAGGAGAAUGAAGAGCGACGUGCUGCUCAGCAACUGGAGCGGCACAAGGAACUGCAGAACGUGGAGGUGAACAAAAAGGUGGACCUCUUUGAGGCUCACAUAUCGGCCCAUGUGCACAGCAGAGACAAUCAGCAGAGCCCACGGAUUUCCAGGAAAACUGACCCAGCCACUCAGUUUGCCAAACUCUGCUUGAACCCAGAAGAAACACUCCUGGCUACGCAGAACAAGGAUCACUCUACAGGGAUCCCCAAAGAACAGCAAAAUGGAAAGCGCUUCUCUGGCCCGGAGGAGGGGCUGCAGGUCAGCUGUGAUGAGAAGAACGGGGCUUACCCAAAUACAGAAGAGGGCAGCCCACAUAAGAGCACAUCAGCAGGAGCUAAGAGCAAAGCUGACAGCUCUACCGACAAUAACUCCAGGACUUCCCGAGAGGUUAGCAACUACUCGAUUGCAAACGAGAGCUCAGCAUCUAGGACCGAGACAUGUUCGAAAAAGGACGGAGGUGAUCCGACAGCAACACAGCGACAGGCUGACUGGGGCAGCCCAGAGGUGGGCGCCAUACCUGCUGUCAUUAUUACGGACCACGGCAUGGAGGUGGGUGGGGAGGGCAAAGAGCCCGAGGUUAGCCCUCAACCUUUGAGAGCCAUAAGGAAGCUCUCCUCCUCAUCUGCCUCCUCUACGGGAUUCUCCUCCUCUUGGGAGGAAUCAGAGGACGAUAUCUCCAGCGACCCUGAGCGGUCCCCAGCUUUCUUGCAGACUCAACAGAAAGCGCAUAAAUCAUGGAAGAAGAUCAAGAACAUGGUGCAAUGGUCACCAUUUCUGAUGUCCUUCAAGAAGAAGUACCCUUGGAUCCAGCUGGCUGGCCAUGCAGGAAACUUUAAGGCAGGGGCGAAUGGUCGUAUCCUGAAGAAACACUGCGAGUGUGAGCAGCAAUGUCUCGAUAGGCUAAUGAGAGAUGUGCUGAAGCCUUAUGUUCCUGCAUACCAUGGAGAUGUAGAAAAGGAUGGAGAGAAGUACAAUCAGAUGGAGGACUUGCUGGCGGAUUUUGACUUGCCCUGUGUGAUGGACUGCAAGAUGGGUGUCAGGACGUAUCUGGAGGAGGAAUUGACGAAAGCCAGAAAGAAGCCUAGCUUAAGAGCCGACAUGUACCAGAAGAUGAUUGAGGUGGACCCUGAUGCUCCGACGGCCGAAGAACACGAACAGAAAGCGGUCACAAAGCCGCGCUAUAUGCAGUGGAGAGAAACCAUCAGCUCCACCUCUACACUGGGCUUCCGGAUUGAGGGCAUCAAGAAAGAGGAUGGAACAGUAAACAGGGACUUUAAAAAGACCAGGACCCAAGAACAAGUGACACAGGCCUUCCAAGACUUCGUCAAAGGAAACAAGAACAUCCUGAAUUCCUAUCUGAACCGACUGAAAGAGAUCAGGGACACUUUGGAAGUAUCACCGUUUUUCAAAACACAUGAGGUGAUUGGCAGUUCUCUCCUUUUCGUCCAUGACAAAAGGGAGCAUGCAAAAGUAUGGAUGAUAGACUUUGGGAAGACCACUCCAUUGAUGGAAGGGAAGGAGCUGAGCCACAGGGCCACCUGGGUGGAGGGUAACAGGGAAGAUGGCUACUUCUACGGCCUGGACAACGUCAUAGACAUUAUAACAAACAUGCUAGCUCCUAAACCUCACUAGAAUAAGAGGACAUGGUCUUCUCCUCCCACCCUUGGGUGGGCUGCCCGCACUACAGAUCAGGACCUCGCUGGGUUACCCUAAAGCUAUCCUAACUGAUCUCCCUCUUUGGCAAAAAAGAAAACUGUUAAAUGCCGCAAUGGCCUUUAACGAGUGUGUAUGUUUGUAAACUUGUAGAUGCUGUACAUAUGUAGUGUAAAAGCCAGUGUUUUUAGUUCAGGAAAUGUGUGAAUAGAAUAUUUGCAGCUACUGCUUUUAAAGAAUGGCACAUCUUAAAGCCACACUCCCUUUUUUCUUCUCCUUUCAAGCGAGUUCUUUUCAAAAUGCUAGUGUCACAGAAAAGUUUAAAGCACUUGCAGGCAUAUUUUACUAGUAAUCUUAAAAGUAUAGUUCACCCAAAAAUGAAAAUUCUCGUCAUUUACCCUCAUGUCGUUCCAAAUGUACACAAAUGGGAUAUUAUUAUAUAUUAUUAAGAGGAAUUUCAUACAAUAGCAGCUGAUUGUGACUCUUUUUAAAGCUUAAAAAAGCACCCAAAAGGGUAAAAAAAAAAAAAAAAAAAUGUAGUCCAUGUGACUCCAUGCGUCAUAGUCCGGUCUUCUUAAGGCGUACAAUCACUGUUCACUCUUAAAUCAAAUUGAUCAAGUCAUCUACAACAAGAGUCCAAAUAUAGCGUCAAUCAAUCACAUCAAACCUCAUUGUUAUUUGUGUCAUGACAUCAUGACGUUUGGUUACAAGAUGCACAAAAAUCAGUUAUCUUUGAUGAUAUUCAAGUGUCACCAUAUUUGAUUUGUUGAUGAGUUGAUUGUUGAUUUAAUUUAAGAGUGAAUACACAACAUUGGAACAAAAUAAUGGUGAGUAAAUUAUGACACUUGUAAUUUUUGGAAGAACUGUCCCUCUAAUACAAUGUUUUUGGAGAUGCUGCACGUGUAGUAAAAAACUGUACGAUUUUUUUUAAAUGUCUCAUUUAUGGACCAUUUUUUUUUAUUUGAAACAAAAAUCUAAAGUUUAUAAAUAAUGUUGAAUCUGACCACCACUUUUGAUCCACCACUUUUAAUUAAAAUAUUUUAUAUUUAUAUUUGCUGGGUCCAAACAAUAUCUUUUUAUUUGUUUUAUAGCUUUUACACUGUUAAGGUAACUUAUAAUUUGUGUUACCAAUUGUGUCAUCUAUACUGAGUGCCUAUAGUAGAACAAAUGAAAUGAUCCCAUGUUGUGAAUUGUCUAAUGAUGUCCUUUUAUAUGAAACAAAUACUUCAUAUUGAUGUUCCAUGAAUUCAGUCACAAUUUUUGUCCAAGUGGCCAAAACAAUUAAUCAAGGGGUUUUUCAGGAAGUGUCUCCUUAUCUGUCUUGCAUGUCUAUAUGUUAGUCUGCCACUACCAGUUUGUGAAAUGUUUUCUAGUUCCCUGUUGGCGCACAGUCUGAACUUGUGUUUGUCUUAACAGGAUUCUGAAAGGGUGAAAAUGGCAGAUGGUGAAUGGUAAAACAACAACAGUAGACAUUGACAGUGCUAAAUGGUGUCACUUAAGUUUUAGUUUCAAGUUAAAGAAAUAGUUGACUAGAUGAUUUUUUCUUCCUUGGAACACAACAAAAAACAAACAAUGAAAAUGAAUAGUGACUGAGGGUGUUAGUCAAUAACAUUCUGCAUAACAUCUCCUUUUGUGUUUCACGGAAGAAAAAACAUGUUCGUAAUGACUUAUGGGUAUAAGUCAUUGGCGAUUUCCAUUUUUCAUCCUGACUAAUAGAUCUCUUUACCAAAAAUGUAAACCAUUCCUCGCAAGUUUAAGCAUUCCUUGUUGUCACAAGAGCCUUAAGAAAUGUUGUUUUUCCUUCAAAAAAAGUGCCUGGGGCAAUCCUUCAUGCAAUGCCUUUAAAUUUCGACUCACCACAAUGAGCGCAUCAUGGUUUAGAGAGGUGAUUGUUGUUUGCAUGACUAUUUGCCAUGCAAAUGAUCCAUCCCUGCAUACCCGAAUCAUUGAGAUAUGCUCUAAGCAAAAUAUUGUUGGAGAUAAAAACUAAUUUGUUGGUCAGUAUGGAAACCAUGUGCUGACACCAGAAUAAACACAAUCAGUGAAUAAUCGUAGUUGAUUUAGCCCAGGGCACGGAACACCUAGGGCAGACCUACAGUUUGAAACGUCAACGCAACGCAUUCCAAACACACAGUAAAUGGCAAAGGGGUUAUUGUGAGGCCUCAAACCAAAUGUCACCACACUGGGGUUCUGUUUUUUUUUUACACAUCCUUUAUUUGUGAUGAAGAGAUUUCACUCUUGUUAAAUAAAAUGACCUUUUACGAAUGCUAUAGGAACCAAGAGGACUAAAGGUUAAUGGUUGAUAAGAAAGCAUGUCUCAAAGUCCUGUGCAACUGUCUUAGUUCCUUAAUCACAGGCUGAAAAAAACUUAAUUUAUGUGGCCAGUUAGUUUGAUUCUUUAUAUGCCAUGAAACCUUGACUUUAAAGCUGCUGUAAGCUAUUUUUUCAGCCCCUAAUACCUGACAGAUAACAUUAAAAUAGAUGUCCUGAAAAAUUAUACAGGUCUCUUUGAUAGUCCUAAUCUCUGUAAACAGCAAAAAAACUAAAAUGGACUAAAAUUAAUCUGACUACAGCUCGCACAUGUUAGCCAAACAGAACUCCUGUAAAUGGCUCUCGAGCAAUGGCAGGAAUUUGGGGCGGGAGUAUCUGUUUGCACGACCAGUGGAAGACGGGAGUGUUUGGUGAUGGUAGUGGUGCAAAACUCUCUUAUGAUAACUUUAAAGGAAUAUUCCACAAGUUAAGCUUAAUUGAAAGCAUUUGUGGCAUAAUGUUGAUUACUACAAAAAAAUGUUUUUUUUUUUAGAAUUGGCACUUCUUUAAAAAAAGCAAAAAUCAAGGUUACAGUGAGGCAUUUACAAUGGAAGUGAAUGUGGCAAAUUUCUGGAGGGUUUAAAGGCAGAAAUGUGAAGCUUGUAAGUUGAGCUGUAAACUUUACAGUUAUUUAGAAUUUUAGGGUUUGUUGACAUAAUAUCGUUAGUUAGUAAGUGAUUUUAUCACACUAAAAUAAUUUUAACAUGCAUAUUGUUUAUGUCUUGUGGCUAUACUUUUGAAAAAAUAAUAUUUGAAUGUUAAAAAAUUGGCCCUAUUUACUUUCAUGGUAAGUGCGUCGCUGUCACCGAUUAUUAUAAUUAUAAUUAUUAUUUUUUUUAAGAAAAUGAGAGUCGUCAAAAUGCAUUUUUUUGUGGUAAUCAACAUUAUGCCACAGAUGCUGUCGAUUGAACCCGCCCUAUUCCUUUAAUAUGGAAUACUUAGAACUUUCAGAGCGUUGCCUACUCUCUUAUCAAAUCAAGGUGAUAAGAGUCAUAACCAAUGAAGAAAAUAUUGCUAAUUUCAUGUUUGACUGAUCUCCCGAUAUCAAAUGAACUCAAGACACACAUUUUUCUCCCCACUUAAGCUAAGACAUGGGAGUAGGACUCCCCCUGCUGUUAUGGUGCUGUAUUACAUUAGAACAAACAAAACUGACAAAGUCCAUCUUUUGCCCUAAACGUUUUACAUUUCAUGCCACAUUUGUGUCAAAAUAAAGGAAACUUCUAGUGAUGUCAUACGCAAACUUAUAUUUAUAUACUAAUAUUUGUUACAUUUUGCACAAGAACACUAAAUGUAGCUGCUUUGUUUGUCUGCGCUUGUUUGGUUGCCUGUAUUUUCCAUACCUUGGUGACGUAGUUGUUCAUAGUAAUGUAAGCUGAGCUUAUUGCUGUGUAAAAAUUUGCAAAUGUUUUCAAAGUGUGUCUCUCUCUUUUGGAAAAUAAAUUUCUGAAACCUGCAAGAGUUGACCUGUUGUAUUGUAUUGGUCAAGGUGUUGCUGCAUGGAGCCUGUUUACACAAGUAACAUUUACACAACAUGCUUCUGUGAAGAAGAUAUCCGUGUUGUGGUUCAGAGCUCCAUCCAUAACAUUUUGAACAACCAACAUCUUGCAUCUCUGCCCUGAUGUAUAUUUGCCAUGUUAAUACUGCAAUUAAUUAACUAUGCUUGGUUGUACAGUUUUUCCUCAGUAAAAAAAAUUGGGUCAAAAAAAUCCAUGGUUUAUUCUGUUUUUUAUUUAUUUUAUUUAUUUAUUUUUCACAGGCUUUACAGAAACAAUACAACUGUCAUUAGGAUUUCCAUUUUGUAGUAAACAAAACAAGCAACAUGAAAUC